AACUGGCUAAUUGAACGAACAUGUUCUUGCAUGGCCACCAUAACAAAUAAAAAAAACAGUAGACAUAGUGUGUUGAAGAGAAAAGAAAGACCUAAUGUUGGAUGUAUAUCAAAUCUUGGGGUCAGCUAAUCAAAUCUAUGUAACACUAUAUUGAGAUAUGACUCUAUAAAAUGGCACAAAGUAUGAAAGUUGAAACCUAUCCUCAUAUUUAGCAUCACUCCUCUAAUAUUAUUUUUUCAAACAAGAACAAUGGCAAACCAUCUCCAAGUCCCCUUAACCAAACCGGAUCGAGUUAAAGAAGAACAAGAGGUUGAAGAAGAGGCAAGAUUGCUAGCGAGAAGGCUCGCGAAUGCAGCCGCAUCACCUAUGGUUCUCAAAGCCGCCUUGGAGCUCGGCGUGAUCGACACCAUCACCACAGUAGGAGGUGGCGAUUUGUGGCUCUCACCUUCUGAAAUAGCACUAAGACUCCCAACCAAACCAUGCAACCUGGAAGCUCCGGCUUUGCUAGACCGUAUGCUUCGAUUUCUCGUCAGCCAUUCGGUCUUAAAAUGCCGUACUGUAAUAGAAGAGAACGGUCAAACCGGAAAAGUUGAGAGGGUAUAUGCAGCUGAACCGGUCUGCAAAUAUCUCUUGAACAAAAGUGACGACGUCUCGGGUUCUUUUGCAUCGCUCUUUAUGCUUGACCUCAGCGACGUAUUUAUCAAGACAUGGACACAUCUCGAAGAUGUGAUAUUAGAAGGAAGAGAUGCAUUUAGUUCUGCCCAUGGGAUGAAACUAUUCGAAUACAUCCAAGCCGAUGAGCGAUUUGGUAAAGUGUUUAACCGGGCUAUGUUGGAAUCUUCCACCAUGGUUACGGAGAAGGUUCUUAAAUUUUAUGAAGGAUUCAAAGAUGUGAAGACUUUGGUGGAUGUAGGGGGAGGACUUGGCAACACACUAGGUCUCAUCACUUCCAAGUAUCCUCAUCUUAUUGGUAUCAAUUUCGAUUUAGCUCCGGUGUUAGCCAAUGCUCAUUCUUAUCCCGGUGUGAACCAUGUGGCUGGUGAUAUGUUCAUCAAGAUUCCAAAGGGGGAUGCCAUUUUCAUGAAGUGGAUACUACAUGAUUGGACGGACGAACAAUGCGUAGCAAUUCUUAAAAACUGUUGGAAAAGUCUCGAAGAAAAUGGAAAACUGAUAAUAGUGGAAAUGGUUACACCGGUGGAAGCAAAGAGCGGAGAUAUAUGUUCUAACAUUGUGUUUGGUAUGGACAUGACAAUGUUAACACAAUGUUCAGGUGGUAAAGAGAGAGAUCUCUAUGAGUUUGAAAAUUUAGCAUAUGCAUCGGGUUUUUCUCGUUGUGCAAUCGUAUGCGCUGUUUAUCCAUUUUCCGUCAUCGAAAUCUACAAAUAGAUUCAUUCAACAUAUGCCAUUUUACGAUAUUUACACAACCCGUUUCUUCUUCUAUUUGGGAUGUAAUGUUUGUGAUUAUCAUUUGUGUGUGGUCGAUCUUUUGUAAUAUUUUCGUGUGAUGUUCUUACCGUUGUAAUGAUAUAUGUGUCUACAUGGUGUAAUGUUUUUUAUCAGUGUGAAAUUGGUCU